GAGUUAGGUAGGAAUUAGGGAGGCUGUGCCUCCGGGUUGCACGGAGAACCCAGGUCGUUUCUCAGAAAUCUCUGAUAAGUGAACCUUGGAGGAAACACCGCCGAGCACAGCAAGACUUGGAAAACCCACCCCUGUCUGCCUGCUUGGGAGAGACACAGAAAUUGGCACUUCUCAGAGCGAAGCUGAGGAAAGGGCUGUCCAUCAGUCAGAAAAGUCUCAAAGUGCUCCUUCAGCCUGAGGAAAGAAGAGAUGGCCGCUGGAAGGAGGUGAACCCCACGAGGAAAGAUGGCUUCUGCCCUGGGCCCUGCCUAGCAGCAGCUUGAGUUCCUCAGCUGGCUGGCGGGGAUGUGCCACUAGACCACCAUGGAUGGAGCCCACAGUGCUGCCCUGCAGCUGCAGCAGCUCCCACCCACGAGCAGUGCCAUCUCCAUGAGCGAGGGCUCCUUCUCCUACAAGGAAAAUUUGAUCGGUGCCCUGUUGGCGAUUUUUGGGCACCUUGUGGUCAGCAUUGCCCUUAACCUCCAGAAGUAUAGCCACAUCCGCCUCGCAGGCUCCAAGGACCCCCGGGCCUAUUUCAAGACCAAGACAUGGUGGCUGGGCCUGUCCCUGAUGCUGCUGGGUGAACUGGGCGUGUUUGCCUCCUACGCCUUUGCUCCGCUCUCCCUGAUCGUGCCUCUCAGCGCAGUCUCUGUGAUAGCUAGCUCCAUCAUAGGAAUCAUAUUCAUCAAAGAAAAAUGGAAACCGAAAGAGUUUCUGAGGCGUUAUGUCUUGUCCUUUGUUGGCUGCGGUUUGGCUGUUGUGGGUACCUACCUGCUGGUGACAUUUGCACCUAACAGUCACGAGAAGAUGACAGGCGAGAACGUCACCAGGCACCUUGUGAGCUGGCCUUUCCUUCUGUACAUGCUCGUGGAGAUUGUCCUGUUCUGCUUACUGCUCUAUUUCUACAAGGAGAAGAAUGCCAACAACGUCAUCGUGAUUCUUCUCUUGGUGGCAUUACUCGGCUCCAUGACAGUGGUGACGGUCAAGGCUGUAGCCGGGAUGCUUGUCUUGUCCAUUCAAGGGAACCUGCAGCUCGACUACCCCAUCUUCUACGUGAUGUUCGUGUGCAUGGUGGCAACCACCGUCUACCAGGCCGCGUUUCUGAGUCAGGCCUCACAGAUGUACGACUCUUCCUUGAUUGCCAGCGUGGGCUACAUUCUGUCUACAACUGUCGCUAUCACAGCAGGCGCAGUGUUUUACCUGGACUUCCUCGGGGAGGACGUGCUGCACAUCUGCAUGUUUGCGCUGGGGUGCCUCAUUGCAUUCUUGGGCGUCUUCUUAAUCACACGAAACAGGAAGAAGGCCAUUCCAUUUGAACCCUAUAUUUCCAUGGAUGCCAUGCCAGGUAUGCAGAACAUGCAUGACAAGGGCAUGACUGUCCAGCCUGACCUCAAAGCUUCUUUUUCCUACGGGGCCCUGGAAAACAACGACAGCAUUUCUGAGAUCUACACUCCUGCCACACUGCCAGUCAUGCAAGAAGAACACGGCCCCAGAGGCGCCUCUGGGGUUCCCUAUCGAGUGCUGGAGCACACCAAGAAGGAAUGAGACUCACCUCCCUCCAUUUGUAACUGUUCAAGCCCGGCUGGCAGUGGUUCACCCCUUAAUUCUAAAACUUGCCUUUCAAGUC